GGUACUGUCCCACACACACAGGGAGCCAUGGCUGCCAGGCGCUUCGUGCUGUUCGACCUGGGAGGGGUCCUGCUCACCCCCGGGCCGCAAGUGGCUUUUCAGCGCCUGGAAAAAUCCCUCUCCCUCCCCAGUGGAUUUCUGCAGAAUGUGUUCGUUAGGAGCGGCUCCGAGGGCCCAUUUGCUAGGGCUGAGAGGGGACAAAUACCAUUCUCCAAGUUUAUUGCAGAAAUGGAUAAGGAAUGCAAGGCCUUUGCUGAAGAAUCCGGCGUUUCUCUCCCCGAUUCCUUCUCCCUGGAGCAAACCUUUCAUGGCAUGUUUGAGUCCGGAGGGAUCAAUAAGCCGAUGCUAAAAGCCGCCGUCACUCUUAGACAUCAUGGGUUUAAGACAUGUGUCCUGACAAACAACUGGAUAGAUGAUAGCCCUCAAAGAAGUCAUUCAGCUGAACUUUUCUCUUCACUAAAUCGCCAUUUCGACCUGGUCGUAGAGUCGUGUCGUACUGGAAUGAGAAAACCAGAAACCCAAAUAUAUGAUUAUGCUCUGAAAAUGCUGAAAGCAAACCCCAAAGAGACAAUUUUCCUUGAUGACAUUGGCGCUAAUCUGAAGCCUGCCCGCGAGAUGGGAAUCGCCACGGUACUUGUCAAGGACACAGAAACGGCACUGAAAGAGCUCCAAGCACUCUCUGGAGUCCCGUUAUUUGAAAAUGAAGAAGUUACACCCGUCCCUGCCAAUCCUGACAACGUUACUCAUGGAUCUGUAACAGUUAAGCCUGGGGUGCAGCUCCAUUAUGUAGAGAUGGGCAAUGGGCCUGUUAUCUGCCUGUGCCAUGGCUUCCCAGAGAGCUGGUAUUCCUGGAGAUUCCAGAUCCCGGCCCUGGCUGAUGCAGGGUUCCGAGUGAUUGCCUUCGAUAUGAAAGGAUAUGGCGAUUCCUCUGCGCCACAAGAAAUUGAGGAAUAUUCCCAAGAGCAAAUCUGCAAGGACUUGGUGUCAUUCCUUGAUGUGAUGGGCAUAUCCCAGGCCUCAUUUAUUGGCCAUGACUGGGGCGGUGCUGUUGUGUGGAACAUGGCUCUUUUCUACCCAGAGAGAGUGAGGGCAGUGGCAUCUCUAAAUACACCUUUCUUCACAUCUGACCCAGGGGUAAAUGCUUUGGAAAGAAUAAAGGCCAACCCGAUCUUUGACUAUCAGCUGUACUUCCAGGAGCCGGGUGUGGCUGAAGCAGAACUGGAGAAAGAUUUGGAAAGGACAUUCAAAGUGUUUUUCCGAGGCUCAAGCGAAAAGGAUCGACUCGCUACCUCCCUAACAACGAUGAACGUGCGAGAACGAGGUGGAAUAUUAGUCGGCACAGAUGAAGACCCGCCAUUGAGUAGCAUCAUUAAUGAAGCCGAUUUGCAGUACUACGUGGCACAGUUUAAGAAGUCGGGAUUCAGGGGCCCAUUAAACUGGUACCGGAAUAUGCAGAGGAACUCAGAGUGGAACAUCUCUGCCCAUGGCUGGAAGAUUCUGGUUCCGGCUUUGAUGGUAACGGCUGGAAAGGAUUUUGUUUUACUUCCAAUAAUGACCAAGGGUAUGGAAAAUCUGAUUCCUAAUUUGAGCCGAGGACAUAUAGAAGAAUGCAGCCACUGGACGCAGAUGGAAAGGCCAGCGGCCGUCAAUGGGAUCCUUAUCGAAUGGCUGGCGGAGGUUCAUAACUUGUCCGUAACAUCCAAACUGUGAGAGGGUUCCUCCGUUUGUCUUUAACCCACCCCUCCUCCCUUUCCCAUCUGACUCCAGCAGAAGUUCUGGGUUUGUUCUAUGUUCUACAGGUCUGUGUUCUUCGCAGUUGUGUCUUACCAUGAAAUUGUACCUGCUGAUAUCACAGCCUUAUGUCCAUAAGUGAUUUAUGCUCUCUAACCUCCAAUAAAAACCAUUAAGGAAA